CAGCUUGAUUCCUAACUGUUUUUUUCUUCUUCUUCUUCUGCAGGGACACGGCGGAUCUGGAGGUGGUGGUUGUGGAGGGGCGUGAGCUGGUGGGGCCAGACCCUCACGCCGCAGUGGACUCCUAUGUCAGGGUGUUCCUCCUGCCGGAUAAGUCAACCAACAUGCAGACCAGGGUGUGCCGGCGGACGAACAACCCCACGUAUCGCGAGAGGGUUCCUGUUUGCGUUGGAGGAGGAGGAGCUUCCCCAGCGGUGCCUCGCCUUCUACAUGUACGCCUCGGACAAGUUCACCAACACGCUGAUCGGGGAGGCGCAGCUCAGACUCACCGACCUUGAGCUGUCCACGCCGCUCUCCACGCAACUCACGCUCACAGACACGGGCCAGAGAGGCGUUGGUUAUGGGGAGAUCAUGUUCUCCCUCUCAUACCUGCCCACGGCGGAGCGGCUCACGGUAGUGGUGGUGAAGGCACGCAGCCUGCAGUGGACCGGAGACAAGACCACCGCCGACCCCUUUGUGAAGGUGUAUGUGCUGCAGAAUGGCAAGAAGGUGAUGAAGAAGAAGACCAGCGUGAAGAAGGACACUCGCUCCCCAGUGUUCAACGAGGCCAUGAUCUUCAGUGUUCCUGCUCCUGCCCUUCAUAACAUCCAGUUGCGUGUGACAGUGGCAGAGCACAGCAGUGACGGCCGCCAGGCACUUGCUGUGGGCCACGUCAUCGUGGGCACCCAGGCCACGGGCAAGGCACUCUCCCACUGGAACCAGAUGAUGUCAGCCCUCAGGAAGCCCAUAGGCAUGUGGCACCCUCUGAGGCGGUAAUGACACCUCGGCCACAAGUAGGGGUGACAUUUAUUGUGUAUACUAAUUGUAACAUCCAUUCCAUGACAUUCACCUUUGUGACAUUGACUCUGAGUUGUCAGCACUUACAAAUAGCAGGUAAAGUAAUUUAUUAUCCUAUAAAUAUGUAUCUUGCUACUCCACUUCAGUCAGGCAUCAUAUGUACGCAUUUCUAAUACCUUUGUCUGUUGUCCAGACUAUAUAAUACUGAAGAUUUAUGGGGUAUGGUUGUUGGGGUAAGGUAGGAUUUAAUGUGGAAAUGAUUUGUUAUGAUAGAUGCAGUAUCUGAGUGCCAAGCCAGGGAAAGAGUAUGAUGUGGCACCAUUUGAUACUGUAGUGCAGCACUUUUGGGUUGGGCAAGAUGCAACAAACAAACUGAAUUUUUUUUUCUUUUUUUUAUCUGAGUUGAGGUCUUGUAUUUUUAAGCCUAACAGAAAAGCACUGAGCUUAAAUGUUGUUUGCUGUGUUGUGAUAUUGCCUGUGCUCCCUGAUACUGUGAGUGUACCUUAGUCUAAACACUUGGAGGGAUGAGAGAAAACACUGCAAGAAAGAUAUCAGUUCUACACAAAGAUGGAUGAUUUUGUGUUGAAACUUUUAGGUCCUAAUCUACACUAGACAUGCUGACAUACUUUCUCUGCAUCAGGAGCACGUAGGAGUCUGGGAUAGUUGUAGUAAGGAAUUUUUCCAGUUCCAUAACAAGCAGAUUAAUAUAAAUGCCACAAAGUAUUAUAAUUUGAUGUUUUGAACAUUGCUGCCUCUGUUAGGGCAGCAGUGCAGGGCAGCAGGACACCUUGCUAGGGUUUUGUCUUGGAUUGUGCAUUGAUUCUUCUUCAGCAAGUGGAUAUAACAAAAGAUUUACUUUCUCUCUCUCUCUCUCUCUCUCUCUCUCUCUCUCUCUCUCUCUCUCUCUCUCUCUCUCUCUCUCUCUCUCUCUCUCUCUCUCUCUCUCUCUCUCUCUCUCUCUCUCUCUCUCUCUCUCUCUCUCUCUCUCUCUCUCUCUCUCUCUCUCUCUCUUAAAUUGACCUUCUUUUUCAUCAAGAGGACCCACAACCAGGUUAUAAAAUUCUGGCUGGAACCAGAACUUACUGCAAUUUGAAAAAAGGUUCUGGCUGGCUCCAGAACUUGUCGUGUUGAGGAAAAUGUGCACACACACACACACACACACACACACACACACACACACACACACACACACACACACACACACACACACACACACACACACACACACACACACACACACACACACACACACACACAAUUGAUAACUGUGAUAACUAUAAUUCCAUACAUAUGAGGUCACUUAACUGACAUACAAAACACAGUUAUUCACAUGUAAUUUAACAAUACUAUUAUGAACUAUAACUACAAUGUUUUGAUAUUAGAAAUUGCUUUGAACUCAAAUUUAUUCAGUGUUUAAUGGAUCCUGCAUAAUUCUAUGACUUCAUUGUAUCUAUCUUGCUGUGUAUCAAUCUGUGACAUCUUCCCACAAUGGAGAGGCUGUGGCAGAAGAGCCUCCAUCUCUCCCUAUCCUGAUGUUCCUUCUUGUUUGCUCUAGCAUUUGGCCUCUGCUAACACCUUUUUCCCACAUCUACUCUCCUAUCCUAUCUUUCAGUCAUCUACUUUUACUGAAUAUUGCUUUGAUAUGGUGAACACAGUUCUCAGAAGACAUAAAAGUAAGAUUACUUGCAGGUGGUGCUAACCACACCAACAUUUUAUAAUGUUGGUAAGGCUGACACACACAUUUGAGCUAUCACUAUUGGUGCCAUUACUAUCCUGUGUGGUAAAACAUAUCACACACUACUGAAAAUAUAUCACAUGUUAUUGAAGAAGAGUUGGAAUAAAUUUUUGCUUCUGGAAUUGCUGUUAUUCCAGACUGCACAAAUUGUCAAGUCACAUAUUUGAGUGUCAUUGUCACUUCUCCCACAGUGAGCCACCACAUUACAGUAUCAUAUACUGGACCAGGAGGAUGGGAACUGAACUUUAGAGGUAGUUGAUACACACAAACAGUCAUAACUUUACAUUAUGUUCUUGCAGCUCAUCAGUUCAGUGAAUCCUGCAGCAGAGGGUGGAUCUCACAGUUCUUGAUCACAUAGGUCUGUCAAUAUGCAUGACAUACAGCCUGAGUGGAUGGGGAGGAAGGGAGGCAAGGUGUAUAGUAGGUGAAUGGGGCUGCUUUGUCCUACUGAAUACAGGGAACAUGAUUUAGCUUGUUUUCCUUUGUCACAAGAAAAAAAAAAUAAAAUAAAAGAAGAUACAGUUUUGAUAUAUCACAGAAGAAUUCUGUUAAGUGAAGGGAUUAGAAAUUACAGAAAACCAAUCAGUCAUUGGUUUAUGCAGAGUGUAGUUUACAUAUAUGUAGCUACAUAAUGUGCUCCAUCAGUACAUGUCAGUAAGUUGUGGAUCUUACUGUGUUUUUGUGAUGGACAUAAUGAUUAAUGAUUCCCAGGCUCCUGAUGUUUAGGAGGGAUGUUCACUCUCUCACACACACACACACACACACACACACACACACACACACACACACACACACACACACACACACACACACACACACACACACACACACACACACACACACACACACACACUGUGUAGUGUAGUGAUUAGCAUGCUCGGCUCACAACCAAGAAGGCCCAGGUUCAAAUCCCGGGAGCGGCGAGGCAAAUAGGUGAGCCUCUUAAAGUGUAGCCCCUGUUCACCUAGCAGCAAGUAGGUACAGGAUGUACCCAAGGGGUUGUGACCUCACUCUCCUUGUGUGUGGUGUGUAAGUGGUCUCAGUCCUACCCAAAGAUCAGUCACUAUGAGCUCCGAGCUCUUUCCUUAGGGUAAUGGCUGGCUGGGUGACCACCAGAUGACCAUAAGUGGAUCACACACACACACACACACACACACACACACACACACACACACACACACACACACACACACACACACACACACACACACACACACACACACACACACACAUCAUUCUGUGUAAGUCCCCAAGAUGAAGAAACAUUGCUGAAUUUCCCCCGAGCAUAAUACUGCACCUUCGCAUUGCAAGUGAGAAACACCAUACAUAUAUUUGUUGGUUGUCUGUUGUCUGUGUCAUAAUAUAUAAAUUUAUUACAUACCUUCUCUCCUUGGCAUGACGUGCUAACAGGAAAUAAACUAAUCGAGAGACUUCCACUCAGUCCUGAUCUCUGCCCUUUUUCUGCUCAAACACUCACCCAGUCUCAUUGUAGCCAACAGCCCCUCAGUCACCCAGCUUGGCCUGUGAACCACAUGCACCUAACUCACCCCCAUCUCAUCAGGAUCAUCCAUCACUCACUCCCUCGCAUGACUGAUCCAUCUCACCAGUUACCUUCCUCUCUCAUUAUGAUACCGCCUUGAAGUAUAGUCUCAUCCUUCACUUGAAAGGACUACAUUCCAAAAUAUUUAGUACACACACAUCUAGUUUUUAGAUAAGGAUAAAACUGUGGCAUUGAGUGAUAAUGAGAAAUGUAUAGGUAUUUACUGUAUACAAUGUGUUGUGCUUUACCAAGAUAAAAUGUGCGAGUGUUGUUUAUGGAGCAUGACAGUAUGAUGCAUUGCUGUGUCCUCAAGUGUGGGUGACAUGCUGUGAGAGGAUCAGUGUUCAGCUUGAAGAGAGAGGCUCAGAGAGUACUGAAUUAGAUGUCAAUAUUUGGGAGCAUUACGCUGGAUAAGGUUAUUUUAAAAUCUUGACUAAACACUGUGGGAGAGUGUGUCAGGUGGUGUCAAACAUGUUAAGCAAGAUUUUGAAGAGUGGUUUGUGUUUCUAUCAAGUGGCUGACAUAAUGAGUUAGCAGAUAGGGGUUGCUUUCCAAACUGGAUCCUGUCAUGGAGGCCCACAGACGCCACAUCAGCACUUGAGGCACACAGGAGCAUCACAGUGUGGGUGAGUCUUAACUGGAAGCUGUGUUGGUGUUGCUGCACCUACCAGUCUGGUCCCCUAGUAGUUGGAAAUGUACGUACUGUGUCUGGAGCACGCCUGAUGCCUGAUGAUGCACUCUCAUUGUAUUCCUCCUACAAGAAAGUGUAUAUCAUAUUUACCUAGUAAUAGUAUUCAUAUCAUCAGUGUUUCUACAUUUAACUGAAUAAAGUGUUUGGAUAUGUGCCUAUGACAAUUUUUGUGUGAGAAAGAUUUUAUAUAUAUUAUUAAUUCACCUGUACAAACUGGGUAAGGGUGUGGCAGCUGACACCAGGUCCCCAACACUGCACCACAGGUGUUUUCUUAGGCUUGGGUGCAGGGUUCUUCCUUCUUACUUCAUCAUAAUGUUCAAUAAGCAAAAAGCUGAAUGAAAUUUUUUUUAAUUUACUAUCCUUAGACAUUAUCAUUAGUUGGAUCCCAUUUUUUGAACCUGUCUAACUAAACUUUAUUUCUUUUGGCAUCAACCUGAAGUCUACUGCUAAAGAUUAUUUCUUUUGGCAUCAACCUGAAGUCUGCUGCUAAAGAUAAACUUUGAUUUAUUGUUACUAUUGUUUGCUUAGCCCCAAAUGAGCACUGCAAGAGUCCUUUGGUGUUGUGCUUUUUUUCUAUUUUUCAGCCCCAGGUGCUGAGUAGAGUGGCUUCAGGGUAGGUCAGUUUCCUUUAUUCAAGGCUUAUAACAACAUAACAUUUUCUUAUAUGGCAAAAUGUUCAUCCUUAUCAUACAGAUAACCUAUAUAUGCAACUGUAUUGAAUUAAUAUACAAUACCACUGAUAACCCUAACUGUUAAUAAGUAUUCUAUAAUAGAUUCUGUAACAGUGUAAGGUUGCAAGUCUGAGAUCCUAAACACCUUGGCUAGUAACACCUGCAGCAGCAGCAACUCAUGAUGCACAUGGCCCACACUCCACACAGGGAUAGUGGAUGCUGAGCUCCACUGUGACUGUGUCCUUAGCUUCACAAUGUAAACAAUCAAUACAAGUGCUGUGUGUUUCUGCUGUAAUUCUUUGACAUCCUCUCAAUAGCUCCUUUCUCUACUAAAUACUCUUUUUGUUGUGUUGUUAAGCAGGGCAAGUUAAGACACAGCCCGCCACACGUGACACACUGCUCCAGCCCAGACCUGGUGUGCCAGGUCUUGAUUCACUUGUGUCAUUUAACAGACAUGGGACACUGUAAGGGGGGGGGGAUACAAUACUAGGUCAGUAUGAAGGGAGGCUUUAAGUAUUAUAUAAUAUAUUACCUAUUGUCCACAAAACAUUUUAUAUUUCUUAAGUGUUACACCUUUAUAAGAGGUGAAUACUGAGUUAACUUAUUGAUAAAUUAAUAAAAAUAUCUUGAGCAUCACAACAAUUGUCUUAUCCCUCACUCUCUCUCUCUCUCUCUCUCUCUCUCUCUCUCUCUCUCUCUCUCUCUCUCUCUCUCUCUCUCUCUCUCUCUCUCUCUCUCUCUCUCUCUCUCACACACAGAUUGGUGCAUCAUUUACAUACUGAAGAUUGUUGUCAUGUACAUGUGAGCUGUAGAUUAACAUGUCACUGAUAAAGUCACCUGAUAAAUGGGGGGAAAAAUUUUACUUGUGUCCAUUUUGUCCUUGACACUGAUGACAAGAUCUCCAGUCCUUAAACUGCAUGAUAGCUGCACUACUGAGGUGUGAACAGGAAAAUAGUGACAGCUGCUGUAUCAAGUAGUUCUACUAUGAAAUGAAAAAGAAGUCACAUGUUUAAUGUCAUUCUGCACUUUUCUCUUACAAGUCUGUCAGCAUUUAUUGUAAGCUUCAUGUGAAACAUCAAACUUUAGUUUGGUGUGAGUGGUCCAGAACAGCAAUCCAUUAUUCUUAGUGUUUGUGAUGACACAUAUUUUUGUAAAACAUACAGUAGUAUGAGUACUCUCAAAUGCUGAUACAUAACAUUCACAACUAAUAAGUGAGAUAAUAUUGAUUUCCAUCACAGGUAAAUGACCUAAUACUGUACUGUACAUAUCUAUGAUAUGCAACCAUCAAUGUGAUGCAACAGCAGUAACAUUAUGUUUCCUCGUGAAUAAUACAAAUAUUCCCUAGUAAACAGCACAAGACAGGAAGAGACAGGAAUGAGUGAUGAAAUUCUUUGCUCUGUUUAUUUGCUUAAGUUAUAAUAGUGUGUUGUGAUGUCUGGUUGUUGUAGUUUGACUUGCUGAUGAGACUAAUUUUCUAAAUUCAUAUUUAAUAAAGCUUGUAAAAUUGUGGUGUAUGUGGCAUCUACAGGUGUUGUGACACACGACACACCAGUGCUGUGUGCCAGGACGGUCACACUGAACACACUCAUGGGAAGAAUCUUGUAUCUUGAGAAAGAAAAAAUGUGGAGGCAAGUGAGACUGUAGUGUAAUACUGUAAUAUGUUAAGAUAGAAAUGCAUUUAGUUUCAGAUACAGAAAUUUACUUUCUGUCAGCACUGCCAUCCUGUGGCAAGAAAUUAGUUGCCUGCAUACUGCAGCUAUGUUCUUGAUUAACCUUCAAGUGAAAUUAAAAUAAGAAAAAUUCUAUUCAUUCAACACAUGACACCAUAUAGUGAUAGACAGAAAUGACAUUCCUAUUUUAUUUAUGAGCUAGGACUGAACAUUGUGUGCUUGUAAUCAGUUUGGUGACUUGUACUUGAAGGAGGAGGAUUGUAGUGCAGUAUUGUGGGCAGGGUGUGGUGGACGUCAUCUGGCAGUUUUGUUGUGUGUGGCUUGGCAGUGUUCAGUGGUGGAUGUACGUAUUGGCUAUUCAGGGAAUUUAAUGUACAUAAGUAAGUGAAUGAUGCAUAUGUGAAUAUUGGAGUGCCACAUUAUAUUAGAUGACUUAAGGCUACUGUAUGCAGGUUAUUCAUUAUACAAUUGUGUAAUACCUUGAGGCAGCUUGAGUGAGGGUUGUGCUGCACCUCGGCCACAGUGCAGAGAACAGUUGUCAUCAGUUUUCCUGAGUCUGAAACAAAUUAACAUGAACAGGGAAUAAAACGCUUUAAAGAUUCUUGAAAAGGUAUAUUUUAUUUUCUUGUAAUUUAUAGUUUUAUAUACAUACCAUAUGAUCUGAAUUUAUAUUUUGCUUAGCCAUGUAAUUGUAAAAGAAAAGUAGAGGAAACAAGGAAUGUGUAAUUUUUUCGUAGAUAGUAAACUCACUAUAGAUCUCAAAA